CUCCAAAUCCUUCACGUUUAUCCAAAUUCACAAGCAGAAGACGUGGGAAGAGAGAGAAAACAAAAAUGGAACACAAAAACAUCAUCAGUAGACCUCCUUCUAAAUUACAUAUCUUGUUUCUAUUUCUAAUAUUUUCAGCAAUUUCUUUCACAAAAGCUAUUAAACCUCACCCUCUUCUCGAAAAUUUCUAUACCAAUAAAGUGUAUUUUAAUUCAAGAUUUUAUAGUUUAUAUGAUACUUCUAAGUAUGGCCAAUUUCAGCUCUUUAAUGGCUUGGCUCGAACUCCUCAAAUGGGGUGGAAUAGUUGGAAUUAUUUUGCUUGUAAUAUAAAUGAGACAGUCAUCAAGGAAACAGCUGAUGCACUAGUUUCAACAGGACUGGCUGAUUUAGGUUAUGUUUAUGUAAAUAUAGAUGAUUGCUGGUCCAGAUUAACACGAAAUUCAAAGGACCAGUUAGUACCUGACCCGAAGACUUUCCCAUCUGGAAUUAAAGCUCUUGCAGAUUAUGUUCAUGCUAAAGGCCUCAAGCUUGGUAUCUAUUCUGAUGCUGGGGCUUUUACAUGUCAAGUUCGGCCAGGAUCAAUCUUCCACGAAAAGGAUGAUGCCCAGAUUUUUGCUUCUUGGGGUGUUGAUUAUUUGAAAUAUGACAACUGCUUCAAUUUGGGUAUCCCGCCAAAAAAGAGAUAUCCUCCUAUGCGUGAUGCACUUAAUGCAACCGAGCGUCCAAUUUUCUAUUCACUUUGUGAAUGGGGUGUUGAUGACCCUGCUUUGUGGGCUGGGGAGGUUGGGAAUAGCUGGAGAACAACUGAUGACAUAAAUGAUUCAUGGGCAAGCAUGACUACUAUUGCCGAUCUGAAUGACAAGUGGGCAUCCUAUGCUGGCCCUGGUGGAUGGAAUGAUCCAGAUAUGUUGGAGGUGGGCAAUGGUGGGAUGACUUACAAUGAAUAUCGUGCACAUUUCAGCAUCUGGGCUUUGAUGAAGGCUCCUCUAUUGAUUGGCUGUGAUAUAAGAAACAUGACUGCUGAGACACUAAAAAUACUUAGCAACACAGAGGUGAUUGGUGUAAACCAAGAUCCUCUUGGUGUCCAGGGAAGAAAGGUUCAUGCCUCUGGAAAAGAUGGUUGUCAACAGGUUUGGGCAGGUCCUCUGUCUGGGAAUAGGCUAGUUGUUGCUCUUUGGAAUAGAUGUUCAAGUGCUGCUUUGAUUACUGCUGAAUGGAAUGUACUAGGACUUCAAUCAUCAAUCAGCGUCUCCAUUAGAGACUUGUGGAAGCACAACUUAGUUGCCAGUGAUGCAGUAUCGUCAUUUGGAGCUUCUGUAGAGUCUCAUGAUUGUGCAAUGUACAUUUUCACCACCAAGAUGUCAGAGUCGCACUCUGUCAUGUAAAUUUAACAUUUAUUUCUGUUGCAAACUUGGAGCAACUUCCAUUUUUACAAGGAAUAAGAGAACUUGAGUCAUUUCCGGGUGAUGAGUGGUUUCAUUUGGAUUUGGUUUUUGGUGUAAAUGUUAGUGAAAUGUGGAUUAUAAAGUGCAAAGUGUGCUCAGAUUUAAAGCAUGUUGUAAAUCUACAUCUGGACAUGUCUUGCUCCUUUUGUUUCUUGGAAAUAAAUAAAGUUUGUUUUUUUGGACAGACGA